GGUCCAGAUCAUCCUAAAAGAUCACUAGAUGUGUUUCUUCAACCACUGAUAUAUGAGUUGCAACAACUAUGGGCGCACGGUUUUUGAGACAUACGAUGUUUCGUGCAAAGAAAACUUUCAGAUGCGAGCAGUACUUAUGUGGACAAUAAGUGACUUUCCAGCAUAUGGUAUGUUAUCUGGAUGGACAACACAUGGGAGGCUAUCAUGUCCAUAUUGUCAAGAUGACACAGAUGCUUUCCAACUAAAGAACGGAAGGAAAACGUGUUGGUUUGACUGUCACAGACGAUUUCUUCCACCUGAUCAUCCAUACCGCAGGAGUAAGACUUCGUUUACGAAGAACAAGCAGGUGUUUGAUGGUCCACCUGAGGAAGUUAGUGGGGAAGAUUUGUUGAAGCAGUUUAGGGAUUUUGAUGCAGAAAGGACGCCAGAUGUAGGUGGACAUGAAAACAUUCGAGUCAGUGCGGUUGGAGAGCUACAUAACUGGCACAAAAAGAGUAUUUUCUGGGAUCUGCCAUAUUGGAAGACUCAUCUAUUGCGGCAUAAUUUAGAUGUCAUGCAUAUUGAGAAGAACUUCUUCGACAAUCUGAUGAACACAGUCCUUAACAUCCAAGGUAAAACGAAGGAUAAUUUGAAGUCAAGGUUGGAUUUAGUCGAUAUCUGUGAUCGUUCUGAACUUCACGUUGAUGAGAACGGUACGGCCCCUUUUCCCAUUUAUCGGCUGGAUGGUGCUAGAAAAGAAGAGUUCUUUGAUUGGAUUACAGAUAAAGUGAAAUUUCCUGACGGAUAUGCAUCAAAUUUGGGGAACUGCGUUGAUAGAAGCGAAGGAAAGUUUAGUGGCUUGAAGAGUCAUGAUUGUCAUGUAAUUAUGCAGCGCCUCCUCCCGUUUGCUUUUUCAGUAUUAUUGCCACGUAAUGUUCAUGAAGCAAUUGCAGGGAUAAGUGUUUUCUUCCGCGACUUAUGCAGCAGAGUAGUGACUGAAGAGGGUAUUAAUAAUUUGAAGACAAACGCACCAGUCAGCAUGUGCAACCUUGAAAAGAUAUUUCCUCCAUCAUUCUUUGAUGUAAUGGAACAUCUUGCUAUUCAUCUCGCAAGAGAAUUGGAACUUGGUGGUCCUGUGCAGUACAGAUGGAUGUAUAUUUUUGAGCGUUAUAUGCAUCAUCUGAAGAAGAUGGUCAAAAAUCAAAGCAGGGUGGAAGGAUCUAUAGUGGCACAGGUGAUCAAUGAAGAAACUGCAAUCUUUGCUGAAAAUUAUUUUCCACCAGAAGUGCAUACAAAACACCGAAAACCUGCUCGGCAUGAUGACAGAGGGGAGAGAGCAACAUAUCAUGUUACUGUCCCAAGCAUGUUCAAGGAAAUAGGACGACUUAGCGGAAAAUUCACGAAGCGCAGACUUACGGACACUGAGCACGCUCAUUUGCAAACAUAUUUGCUCACCAACUGUGAAGAUGUUCUACAAUAUGAGAGUGUAUAUAUGGCGGAGUUGCGUAUGACUCACAGGCAUGCAACAGAAGAUGAGCUUCAACAACUUAGAGAUAACGGAUUUGCUGUGUGGCUUCGUAGUUAUGUGAAUGAUGGUUUGGCCAGAGGUUUUGUGUUCGAUGAUUGGAUACGCGAAUUUGUGCAGGGACCAAACUAUGUGGUCAAAUCAUAUCCAAAAUUUUGUACGCGAGGAUAUGCAUUCACAAGGAAAGGUCAUUCUAAGACAACAUAUGAUGCUGGUGUUUCAUCUUCUUCCGGUGACGAUGUCUACUACGGCAAUAUAAAAGAAAUAUUGGAAAUCCAAUUUCCUGGAAUGGUUGGAUUGCGUUGUGUAGUAUUCUAUUGUGAUUGGUAUGACACCACCCCAGAUAGAGGAGUGAAGAUUGAUGCGUUUGGUGUUACAUCAGUUCAUUCGCGGCGGAAACUUCAAUACUAUGAUCCCUUCAUUCUUGGUUCGCAAGCUGAUCAGGUAUGUUACAUCAGUUACCCUCGGGUGACGUACAGAGAUGAUCCAUGGAUCACUGUAACGCAAAUCAACCCAAGAGGACGAGUGGAUGGAACUUCUGAUGAUGAUGAACCAUUGCAACCAGAGUCUACCAGCAACGCCCAGGCAGUUGAAGAUUUGGCAAAUGUUGAACUCGUUGAGGAUUUGACUGAGUUUGGACUUGAUGCUGUUGUACAUUCGGAGCCAGAAGCUGAGGUUGGGGAGUUUGAUGAAGAUUCAGAAGAUUCGGAUUAGUUUUUUUUUUUU